AUGGCAUCAAGACACUCGGCAGCGCGACCAAAGCACGGCGGAGACGUCUACGCCAGGACGCAUCACAACAAGGAGGGAGCUGAUUCCAAAAAAGUCGUUUUCGACGUCCGAGAUCCUUCUAAGCUUGCGCCAGACGCGCGCGAAGACGAUGACAUCCUCGAUCACGACGUCAUCGGCGGGAAGAGCUCGACGAAACGCGGCGCAGUCAACAUUGAUGGCUACGACAGUGACUCGGACAACGACACUUUUAAUGCGCAGGCGCAAACGCGCAAGAGAGGCAAGGUAGACAUUCUGGAUCAGCUCGACAACUACGAUGCCCGAAGAGCAGAUACGGAGGAAUCCCCUGUGCCCGGCAAAAAGCAGGGGCCUACAGAUGAUGACGACGACGACGACGAUAUGUUCGCUGCAGAUCCUGAGGAAAAUGAAGAGAAGAAGGACAAGGAACAGGAUGAUGAUGAUGAUGACGAUUUCAAGUUCACUGGACACAAGAAGGAUGGCGGAGAAUUCCUUGACUCUGAGAAAAUCGCUGGUCAGGAUACCAAGAGUCGGUCCGGGGGGCACGUUCACCUGCAUGAUACGGAGAACCAGAGCAGUGACGACGAGGAAGAUGCGGAUCUUGCCAUGCAGGAAGAAGGAUUGGAUGAAGAAGUUGGUGCCGGUGGUCUGAAAAAGAAUGCCCCAAAACUGGAGGCAUUUAACCUCAGAGAGGAAAUGGAAGAAGGGCAGUUCGAUCAGAGUGGCAACUACAUCCGCAGGGCAGGUGACCCUGAUGCCGAGCACGAUAAUUGGCUCCAGGGGCUCGGCAAGAAAGACAUGAAGAAGGCGGCUGAGGCUCACAUGAAGCGAGAGCAGCAAGCACGCGAGCAACGACUAGCGGCAGAUAACGUGCUUGUGUCUGACCUUCUCAAGUCUCUGAUUGUGCAUUUGGAGAAGACCGAGACUCCUCUAGAAGCACUUGCCCGCCUGGGGAAAAGGCAGACGAAGCCCAAAAAGAUACCCCAGUGGAAGCUAAAAAAACUAAAGAAGGAUGGUGAGGGGAUGGAGGUUGACCACUCCGGGGCAGAGGAUCCUGAGCAGGUCCGCAUCAGGGAGGCCAUUACCACCAUCACCGACGCCGCGGACAAGCUACUGAGCCGGGAUUAUGAGGAGGUAUACGACCAGGAACGGGAGCUGCUCAUUCGCGAGUACCGCCGGGAGACCGGAGAAGACUGGGUCGAGCCACGGCCUGAGGAGGCGCGGGGUUACGAAAACGCGACCUCUAACCCAUCUAGGCAAUGGGAAUUCAGAUGGCUCGAUGGCAGGGAUGGAGGGGCAUUACAAGGUCCGUUUGAUGGUCCAACGAUGAAGGCUUGGCAAGACGCUGGAUAUUUUACGGAGGGUGUUGAGUUCCGGCCGGUUGGUGAAGGUGCUGAAUGGUCCAAAGUAGCUGCGUUCUCGUGA